ACAAUCGAAUUGCUUGCUUAUCGGCAAAUUAUAAAAAUAAGCGAGUCGGCGAAAUUUAAUAAACAUAUAUCUAUUAUAGAGUUGUGUUAUUGGUUUUAAUUAUUUAGAUGCUAAGAAGUAAAAUGUGUGAAAUAGGUGUAGAAAUCCAAAAUGUUUUAAAACGCAUUGAUGUGGCUUAUGGUGCUCGCUCAAAGGAUAUUAAAACAUCAAAACCAUAUUUAGUAGCUGUUAGUAAAACAAAACCAGUAAAUAUGAUAAUUGAAGCGUAUGAAGCUGGACAACGCCAUUUUGGUGAAAACUACGUUAAGGAAUUAGUGGUGAAGGCACAGGAUCCUGAGAUUUUACAGAAAUGUCCAGAUAUAAAAUGGCAUUUCAUUGGACAUUUGCAAAAUAAUAAAAUAAAUAAAGUCGUUAAACUUCCUAAUCUACAUAUGAUACAAACUAUUGAUGAUGAAAAAAUUGCGACAGGAGUGAAUGCAGCCUGGGAGAAAUUAGAUAUUCCAAACAAGCAACCAUUGCGUGUACUGAUACAAAUUAAUACAAGCGGGGAAGAAGCCAAAAAUGGAAUCCAACCAAAUGAAGCUUCAAGUCUUUUUAAAUACAUAAAAGAGAAUUUAAAAAAUCUGCAGUUGGAAGGUAUAAUGACUAUAGGCGCAUUUGGGCAUGACUACACAACUGGUCCAAAUCCAGAUUUUAUAAGUUUAAUGAAAGUACACAAUCAAAUAUGUAUAGAAAACGAAUUUCGUCCCGAAGAAGUACAAAUUUCAAUGGGCAUAUCAAAUGACUUUGACAAAGCGAUUGAAAUGGGUAGUACAAUUGUACGUGUAGGAAGUUCAAUAUUUGGUUCGAGAGUAAACUAAAGACUUUCUGAAUGAUUCAAUCAUUGUUGGCAACAUUUAUAAACUGAUCUAUAAUGGAAUCGUAAUUUGAAUAACUACAAAUAUCUCUAUCGAAUGAAGGAAUUAACAGCACAAAAUUAAACAACACCAUUAUAAUAUAAAGAUAGUAUUUAUAUUCAUAAUAUGCAUUACAAAAGAAUACAAUGGAUUCACUACAUGAAAUCUGAUCUAGUUCCGGGUUCAACUUUAAUAUCUACUGCAAUCAAAUAUUGAUGCGCAGUACAGUACUUGGUUUUUGUAGUACUCACAUCGUUUACACUUGAAUAGGUAGAUCCGAUGGAUAGAGAAUGGUUUCCAUUAAACCACGAAAAUGGAAUUUGUAGUUUCCAUUAAAUUGAACAACUCAUAAUUAGUCAGAUAUAUUGUUAAACGUGAGUACACGGACAAUUGUUAUAUUUGUGUGAUUGUACAUCGAAUUUAAAAAUUUAUCACAUGGAUGUUUUUGUCUAAUAAAUCAUUGAAGAGUCAUGGAAAGUGCGCAUCGGUUAGAAUAUUACAUUUCAAUAUAUAACACGAUAUAUUACUUAAUAUAAUUUAAUUCUCUUCAAAUAUGCAAAAUGUAUACCUUUAAUUUCUUUUAUAUUGUGUGCUAAUAAAUUGAUAAUCCAAAUAUUUGGUAA